AGGAAGGGGGCCACGUAAACGGCCCCCGAAAGGGCCCGCUGGAUGGUCUAGCCUACGAGCAACCAUCAAGAUCCAGCCGGCAAGAGGGCGAGUACAUCCGAUCGAUCGAGACGCAGGAGCGCAGUACUGUCUUUGAUCCAGAUCUGGCUACAGUGGACACCGGGCUGGGACCUACCACGGGUGAACGCAUAGAACUUGAUGAAAGGACCGGAAGCAAGAUCAAGCGUCCACAAAGCCCCAUAGUGUCGGCAAUUGACGGUCACGUCCCAAUCUCGAUACGUUGCAAACAUCAUCCGGAGGGAUUUAACGGCGCAGCCUUGGAGCUACAAUCGACCGACGACAGUUCCGACGCGCGCUCCAAGCGUUCGAGAAAAACGUUGGACAACGACAACGACGACGACGACGACGAGCAACCGGCGAGGAGAAUCUGCGCAGCACAUCGGCACAGAGUGUCCUGCCACGUAGCGCGAACUCACGCGGAGCCGCCCUGUCGAAGAGGCGCGAAUCGAAACCGACCCUGUCGCGUUCAUGAUCGCCGGCGGGAUUGCUCGAGAGGGAAGUCGACGGAGAGACCAGAACACCGGCAUCUGAGGUUCCACGAUCCGGAGAACGCCAUCGUACGGUUGGAGCAAGAUCCGAUACUUCGUCCGGUUCGCAUUCUCGGUUGUCCUCCCGUGGAGGACCAAGAGAUAACCUCCUACCUGGAGCCGGCUGGACCUAGUUACGUUUACACAGGCAUCGGUGUGAAUCAGUUCGCUGGCGGUGAACCGCACUGCUUCGAUCUGCACAAUCCAGACAAUAUUCUGCCCAAGAGCCGCGUCGGCAGCAUCGCCAGACUCCUCGACGGGCCGAAUCGUGCCGUGAAGGAUAUCAAUCGCAAGGUCCUGGCGAUGGCACGUGCCAUGACGCCUGCUUGGUCGCUACGCCUACUCGGCGUCAGCUGCGGUUCCGUGCUCUGCGCCUGGGGACUUUUGUUGAUAUUAUCCGUGCUUGGUGGCGGUGCCUCGCAUGGCACCGGGAUCGGUAACUUUGGCCUCGGUAGUAUGACGGGUACGAUGGACGAUUUGAACGGCGUUAGGUGUCCUUGGGCGUGCACGUGUGGCGGACAGGAGGUCGAUUGCUCUCAUCGAGAACUGACGCAGAUUCCUGGUGACCUGGCGAGCCUGAUCAUCGCGGAAAAACUAGACCUUCAAGGAAAUAAUGUAUCGGUGAUAUUCAAGACAGAUUUUGAAGACAUGGCAACGCUCCACGUUUUAUUGCUGUCAAACAAUCAAAUACACACUAUCGAAAGAGGGGCUUUCCAAGAUCUGGUGGCAGUGGAAAAGCUACGACUAAACAACAAUCAAAUACGUCACUUGCCCGAUCUUCUCUUCAGUAAUAUGAUGAACUUAAAACGCCUAGAUCUUAGCCACAAUCAGAUCGCCACCAUAGGACCGAAGACUCUCAGAGGAGUGUCCGCUCUCAGACAUUUGUUACUUGACAACAAUGUGUUGACCUGCGUGGACGAGGCUUCGAUACGAGAACUGAAAGACUUGGAAAUAUUAAUGUUGAACAACAACAAACUUGUAACGCUCGGCAAGGAGAUGCUCAACGGCUUGUCGCAUUUGCGAACUUUGAAACUUGCGGAUAACGCAUUCGCUUGCGAUUGCCAUUUAGCAUGGUUAUCGCGUCAUUUGAGGGCUCAUUCACGCCUAGGGCAACAUACACGUUGCGCAUCUCCGGCUCAUCUCAAGGAUCGCAAUCUUGCCGAUGUGCAGGAGCACGAGUUCAAGUGUUCAGGCCUGGUCGAGCGAACGGGAUCGGAAUGCAGCGCUGAGCCCCAAUGCCCGCAUCCUUGUAAAUGCGCUGAUGGGAUCGUCGAUUGCAGAGAAAACUCCUUGACGAAAGUGCCAACCCACCUACCCGAGGACACCACUGAGUUGCGGCUGGAACAAAAUGGCAUCACGGAAAUUCCACCCAAGGCUUUUUCGCCAUAUAGAAAAUUGCGAAGAAUUGACCUGAGCAACAACCAGAUAAAAAAGGUAGCAGCGGAUGCUUUUCAUGGAUUGAAGUCCCUCGAAUCCUUAGUUCUUUAUGGCAACAAAAUCACGGAGCUGCCAGCUGGUCUUUUCCAAGGCCUGACAAAUCUGCAGUUAUUGUUACUGAAUGCCAAUGAGAUAUCAUGCAUACGAACAGACCUGUUCAAAGACUUAACCGGUCUCACCUUACUAUCUUUGUACGACAACAAUAUACGCUCGUUAGCUAAUGGGACUUUUGCCAACCUGCGAAGCAUUAAAACAUUACACUUGGCGAGGAAUCCGUUCAUCUGCGAUUGCAAUCUACGCUGGCUGAGCGCGUAUCUUCACGCGCAUCCUAUAGAGACAUCCGGUGCGAAAUGCGACACGCCAAAAAGAGCGCAGAAACGGAAGAUCGAUUCGAUGCGGGACGACAAGUUCAAAUGUAAGGGUGACGAGGAGCUAUUAACAAAAAGGGCCGGCGAGUGCAUUCUGCCUGGCGCCUGCCCCGCUCCGUGCACAUGCAACGGCGCGACGGUUGAUUGCUCCAACAAGAGAUUAACUGCGAUACCGAAAGACUUGCCGCUUUACACGUCGACUUUGUUGUUGAGCAACAAUGAACUGGACAAGAUCAAAGCAGAUGGUCUUUUUGAGAAGCUGCCAGAGCUGCAACAUCUGGAUCUCAGGAAAAAUAAAAUCUCCCGCAUCGAGGCGUCCGCUUUUCAAGGGGCUCACAAUCUCACCGACCUGCUUUUGUCCGAGAACAGGCUGCGAGAAGUACACAACAAGAUGUUCGCCGGCCUAUCGAGCCUUAAAACACUGAAUCUCCAUGGUAAUUCCAUUACGUGCGUUAUGCCGACAUCGUUCGAAGGAAUGCCGCACAUACGUUCCAUCAACAUGCAAGGCAACCCGUUAUCGUGCAACUGCUAUCUCGCGUGGUUCGCCGGGUGGCUGAGGAAGCGAGAUAUAGCCGGAAUCACUGGCCGUUGUCACGAUCCACCGCGAUUAAAGGAUGCCAUCAUCAAGGACAUUCCGCACCACGAGUUCAAAUGCAACAACGACAGCGUGGGUUGCCUAGGCGACGAUUACUGCCCGCCUCAAUGUAAUUGCGCGGGUUCGGUGGUGAGAUGUUCGAGGUCUCAGCUUACAGAGAUUCCACGCGGGAUUCCACCGGAAACCACCGAGCUGUAUUUGGACGUGAACGACAUCAAGACGAUCCAGCCGGAGAGGCUGAACCACCUGAGGAUUCUCACCAGACUGGAUCUGAGCAACAACCAGAUCGGAAUGCUGUCCAACGAUACCUUCAAGAAUCUCACGAAGCUGUCGCACCUAAUCAUCAGUUACAAUAAACUACAGUGCGUGCAACGAAAUGCUCUCGCGGGACUGAAGAACCUGCGAAUAAUUUCGCUGCACGGUAACGACAUAUCAGUGAUCCCAGAGGGAGCAUUCGAGGAUCUCAAGUCUAUAACACAUCUUGCCCUGGGGUCCAACCCGCUUUACUGCGACUGCAGCAUGCGAUGGUUGGCCGAAUGGGUGAAGAAAGAUUAUGUGGAGCCUGGCAUAGCUAGGUGCAUGGAACCACCCGCGAUGAGAGACAAAUUACUUUUGACGACGCCGGCUAGUGCCUUUCAAUGCAAAACCAAGCAGCAGCCAGCCGAAGUCUUGGCCAAGUGCGACCUGUGUUACACCUCGCCAUGCGAAAACGGAGGAUUUUGCGAGGCGCUUCCGGACCGGCAGUUCCGUUGCAAGUGCACGCCAGGAUAUCACGGGGACCGGUGUCAGCAUAAAAUUGACGCGUGCUAUGGAAAUCCUUGCAGGAACUCCGGAACUUGCAAAGUACUGGAGGAAGGAAGAUUCAGUUGCGACUGCGCCCCCGGGUACAAGGGACUUCGAUGUGAGAGCAACGUCGACGACUGUGCCAACAACAGGUGCGCUAACAACGCAACCUGCGUCGACCUCGUACAGGCCUAUCGAUGCGACUGCGCCCCAGGAUUCAUGGGAGAAUACUGCGAGGAGAAGAUACCCUUUUGCACAAAAGGUCACGACCCCUGCGAGAAUGGAGGCCGAUGCGUCGACCACAAGACCCACUACAGCUGCGAAUGCCCAGUCGGCUUCACCGGCCUCAAUUGUUCCACAAACUUGGAUGACUGUGUCGAUCAUAUGUGCCAGAACGGUGCUACUUGCAUUGACGGCAUAAACAAUUAUGAAUGUAAGUGCGCGGCGGAAUAUACAGGGAGAUACUGCGAGGCUGCACCCUCGACAGCCAUGCUGUAUCCACAGACAAGUCCGUGUGCCCACCACGACUGUCAGUACGGUGCCUGCUUCCAACCCGCUCCCUCCGCCGCGGACUAUCUUUGCCAGUGCCAUCCCGGCUAUACCGGAAAAAGAUGCGAGUACCUGACGAGUCUGAGCUUCGUGGACAAUAGCUCGCUGGUCGAGCUGGAAUCGCUACGCACGAGGCCCGAGGCGAACGUGACCAUCAUAUUCACGACCACGCAGGAAAACGGGGUUCUCUUUUAUAACGGGCAACACGACGGGCACAUCGCCGUCGAGCUCUUUAAUGGGCGGGUCAGGGUUUCGUAUGACGUGGGUAAUUAUCCUACCUCGACGAUGUACAGCUACGAGAUGGUGACCGACGGGAAGCCUCACAUGGCGGAGCUUCUGGCGAUCAAGAAAAAUUUUACAAUGAGGGUCGACCGGGGCCCCGCCAGGAGCAUCAUCAACGAGGGUCCGAAGGAGUAUCUCAAGCUUGUCACGCCGAUGUUUGUCGGUGGCGUAGCGCCGGAAGUUGCUAAAGUCGCAUUUACCGAGUUUCACCUUAGAAACAUUACGAGCUUCCAAGGCUGCAUCUCCGAGAUGUGGAUCAAUCAUAAGUUGGUAGACUUCAGCAACGCCGCAAAGAUGCAUCGCGUUACUCCCGGAUGUGCUACUAGCGACGAGGAGGCCGACGAAGCGAGAGAUGUUGUUGAGGCUGAGGGAAUUAACAAUAGUGGCAGUAACGAGGAGUCCAUGCCACAAGAGCAUAUGCCUCGCGAACAUUCAGACAUCAUUAUGUCGGUAUCCGGAUUGGUGCCUUCGCACGCAUGUAUCGGACAUGAAUGCAAAAAGGGAUCCCAAUGCAUACCGUCGCCGUACGGCAACGGCUAUUCUUGUCGCUGUCAAACCGGCUGGCAAGGACGAUACUGCGAGAAAGCACCGACAUGUCGCAAGGAGCAUACCAGGGAGUACUACAGCGAGAAUGGAUGUCGAAGUCGACGACCCGUGAAGCUUGCUAAAUGUUGGGGAAGUUGCGGCAAUUCCUGCUGUUUACCGCGGAAGACUAAGCGGCGCAAGGUCCGACUAAUUUGCACGGACGGCAUGCGGUACACCAAGGACGUUGACCUGGUGCGUAAGUGCACGUGUACCCGCAAAUGUUACUAGCCAGUCGACGCAUCGCGGCCCGAGUCUCGUCGGCGUGCGUCGAGACGUGAAACGAGACCGAGAAGAAACCCCCGGAUCCGAAGCAGCACCCCCUCGCGUACUUCCACGUGUCCUCGGAGAUGACGAAGGAAGGAAGCGCAGCGGGACGGCGAGGGCGAGGGCGAGCACUGCCACCGACGUGCCCUCGGCAUCCCUAUGCGGAGACCACCUUCGCCGAGACACACGUGGACGAGAGAGAGAGUGCGUGGGGAAGUGCAGGCCAAAACUAGAUGGACACACACAUAGCCGGCUCAGUGUGAUAUGUAUUAUUAAAAAGAGAAAAAGGAGAAAGCGAGAAAGAGAGCGAGAGAAAAAAAAAGAAGACGCAAGAGUAUAUUGUACGUAAUAUAUAGCUACGGACUAUCGAUAUCGAAGCAGUUAAACGUAUACUAGGUAUUAUUCGUAUAUAUAAUGACCCGAUAUAGGUAUAUAACGACGAGAACGCGGGCGGAAGGAAGGGUGAGCGCGAGCGCGCGCGGACAAUGUGUCCGUAUAUUUGCGAUCGCGGACCGCGCACGCGGGCGCUUGCGUGUUCGUAACGUUACGCACGAGUGCGUACGAUUACGCCGUUGAUUUAGCGCGGAAUGGACCUAACUGGGUAAUAGGGGAUUCGCGGCUGCGUGCAAACAGGCUUCCGUAAUCUUCUUAUAGGAUAUAUACGCGCCGCUUUUUGUUUAAUACGUUUCCGCCGGUGGCGGUCGUAAUCUCCGUUGAGCCUUCAACGCGACCAUCUCAAUGUAAUUCACUGCCUAUCGUUCGAAAAUUAUUAUUCGGUAACGUGUUGAUUCUCCCUUAUUACAAUGGAAACGUUUAGAAAAUUUUAAAAAAAUAUUUAGAAAAUGUAAUUAACGUUUUACUCGAAACUACUCGCAGAGUAAAGCAAUUAUAGAAUUAACGUCUGCCCCGUGUCGAAUUAAAUUCCUCGGAAAUUGUUUUCGUAUUUAUAAUUACGUAACAAAGAAAAUUAAUGACAAUCGUAAUUUCACUUGGUCAAAGUUUGUGGAUAAUUGAUCGCGAAACCUAGAUCCACGUUAGGUCUAUCUUUUCCCCAGCGAAUUUUUACACUAAACGCGAAUCUUCGAUCGCAUAGCUAUUUCUACCCACUGAGCAAUGGUCUCUUUGAAUUUUUGCAAGAGAAGAUCUACAAAUACGUGAAAAAUAGCGAGAGAGAUGUUUGUGAGAAUGGCGCGAAUGGCUGCAAUACUUUUUCGCUACAGAUUGUUUGGUUUCUAUACACUUCGCUUGGCUACAAUACACACGUCGUCGUAGCCAAUAAACCCGAACGGAACGAAAGGCAAACAGAACGGGAAACGGGGCGGUGUGUUUCUUGCCUUUUUCAUCAGUUCAGUUGCAAUGCUGCCAAUUUAGCGUUCCAACUACCACUUUAACUGCACAAUCUUUAGCUAGUAAUGAAUAGGCCGCUUGUAAAUCGUAACAAACACGAUAAUCAGAGGGGACAAGCAAAUAUGCUAUUAAAGAAUCGACAUAUAGAGUCACAAUUAUGUGAAUAGAUCACAGGUAAGUGUCUAACUAAAUGUAAAAUAUAUUUUAAGGAGAAUAGAAGGAUCUUAAUUGAAAGUAAGCCGUCAACGUCUUCUUACCUCACCUCACCGACAGCAGCAGUGGGAGUGUAGCUUUAUUUUUGAAAAAGCCAAGAAAUCGCACCGCGCGAUCGAGUACGCCGGGACGGACUGCGUCGCGAGUUAUAUAGUUUUGGAGAGCGCGCUUCGAAAAUUUUUCACUUUACGGCCUAAUGUUACGUUUCGAGAUGUAAGUUGCAGCCCGUGGGGCUGUUGCACGAAGCAACGGAAAACUUGCGUGCGAAUCGACGCAACGUACGAUAAUAGGAAAACGAAUUAUUGAGGGACGCGCAUAUUAACGUUCGGUCAGCCGAUUGCGAAACGGAUAUAAUUGUAUAGGUCGAUGAAAUCGUCGGUAAUCCGAAACAAGGAGUUCACCGAUACGAAAACCGCGUAAUUAUUUUUGUAUAAGCGCAUUAUUUAUAUAUCUAAGCUAAUUUGCUAUUAGUUUAAUCAAAGAGCGUAAUUCGUUCGUACUACUUAAGCCCUUAUAAUGUAUGACGUACUACGUACCUACCCUUACAUCUAUUUAUGCGUAUCUAUUUUACCCCUGGAUAACUGCAUCGCAUCUUCCACUGCCAGUAUUUAUAUGUAUUUAUUCCGUUUCCUUGUUUCACUGACACUUAUGUUAAACCGUUUCUUUUAAACGUAUACGUUCACUUAGAAGACGAACGAAUGUCUCUCGGCGUGCUUUGCUGUCGUCCUUUACGAUUUCAAUGCGAUUUUGCCGCCUAGCGUGCGCCUCGCGAGAAAGUACCAAUCGUAGAAUUUAUGUAGACUUAGCUUCUGGCCGCUAAACGUUCAAACGGCCAUACGAUCGAAGCGUAUCUCUUAGAGUUUCGUCUCGAAAUUUACUGCCAUCACUUAACUGCCACGGAUAACGAUUGUCAUACUACCAAUCAGUUUCUGGCUGUAUGAGAGAGACAAGUUAUCUAUCCAAUGACAUAUAGGAUUUUCAACAUAUUUUUUUACUUAACUUCACAAUUGAUUUUACUUAGUUUCACACGGAAGACGUUUUUAUUUCGAUUCACAGCAAAAGUAUGGACAAAUAGUGAAAACUGUUUAAAUUGUAAAUGUGCACACGCGCACGAUAGCAUGCAUUUAUCGAUAGCCGAAGAUCAUUAUUUAUCUUUACGUUUUCUUCUUUACAUACCGUAAAUGAAAAGUGUACCAAGAUCGUAUAAGUACGAUGAAGUGAAAUAUAAUUUACUAGUAUUAAUAGUCACAUAAGUUCCCUAUGCCAUUCUUUUUUACGUUUAUGAACAACUUGGUUGUUGAUAUUUUAUCAGUCCCAUUCGAACGAAUGUCUGCGAAACACUCGAAGCUAGCGCCUGUCGGAGAACAGAUUUUGUAUUACGACUCUGUACAUUUGGUCCAACAAAAUACAAAUAAACAUACGCAAGACAGUAUACGUUCAUUCGUCGUAUUAAUAAUCCAUUGCAAUAUAUGAUUUAAUCAUCUAUAUCACCUUUAAUGAGUGCUCUGGAUUUAGAGAAGAGUUGCCAAAUGCGUAUCACUUAAGCUAUUUUUUAUUAUAUUUUGCAUUUGAUACUGUUUGAAUGCAAAUUAAAGUUUGAAAUUGGAGCUCGAUGUUUUAGUCAUCUUUUACAUGUUAAAUCUUUCAAUAAUAACAAAUUAAUUUGUUACAAGCUUUUCUGUAAGAUGCUGUAAAAAGUGUGAUUUAGAAAAUUGGUUGCUUAAAUUGUACCUGUGGUCUCUUAAAUCGUAUCGUUUUUGAAAAUAUUGAAUUUAUUAUUAAAGUAAUUAAAGAUUAAUGACAGCAUGCACAAAACAAAAUAAAACUUGUUUAAUUUUUUUCAAAAUUACUUAUUUUUUAUUUAUUUUUUCUUUUUAUCAAUAAAUGUUGCUUAUAUAAAGUAAAAAUAUAAAAUAUUGAAUAAAUACGCUUUAGGAGACGGGUACGCAUCUAGCAAUUUUCCCCUAGCAUUAAAGAGAAUGUAGAGUUGCAAAUAAAAAAACACUAAUCAAUAUUACCAUUAUCAAUAUUAUUGAAUUAAAAAUUACAUGAACAUUUUACCUUAAACACAAAUUUUAUAUAAUUUUAUAUCUUCCUUUAUUUAAAUAAAUAAACAACGUUAUUUAUCAGCUGCAAAAAAGUAAUGGAUUUAACGUUUAAAUGCAAAACCGUUAUCAUGAUUUUACGUUAAUUACGGUAAAUCCCGUACGCGUAAUAUGUUAAUGUCAUAUAAAAUUAUAAUGCAAAGCAAUGUGUGACAUCUAUCAUAAAUUGUGCAUCUAUAUUGGACAAUAAUAAAAGGGACUAUUCGUAAUAUCGUAAUAUGUUUCCGUGCCAUCCGGAAUUUCCGUAACUCGUAUUUGUAUAUUUAUUUGACGUGAAUUUAACAUAUUUCGUGAUCAAUGGACUGGCGCAUGCGAUCGAAACGCAUACUAUUUGGCUUUUAUUCUCUCGCAGAACGUGGCGAACACUUUUACCUCGAGUUAUCGAAUCACACGCCUCGAGGAACACACAUGCCUCGACUUUGCUAGACAUUAGAAGCGAGAGCGAAAUCUUUUACUUGAUUUUACAGAAGGAAGUCUUUCGGAAAGUGUCUCUUCGGUUGUAAUUUCUGUCUGAAUUUACUUCUUUUGUCACGCUCAGCAUUCGCAUUACCCGUAUAAAAUGAAGACAUUUAUCGCGUAAAGUCUACGACUACAAAGGAUACGUAAGCGUCAAGAUCCUUUGUCUUUUGAUACCUUGUGAUAAUCGGUGCAAGAAUCGAGUAAACUAUUUUGUCAUUCGUAAAUCCACUGCGAGAAUUUAAUUACGUCGUGCGUGAUCAAACGGAAGAUAAUAGUGAAUAAAAAGAAUCAAAUCGAAGAAGAAUGUUACCAAUAAGCGAUUUCGGGACUGGAUAAAUCUGCAAAUUGCACUAAUAUUUAUUGGCGUAAAAUUAUAUUAUUUAUUCCUAAAAAUUCCUAAAAUUACUAUUCAAUAUAUAUCGAUUUAGGUAAUAAAUCAAAUUUUUCCAUGCUAAAUAUGUACCUGCUUUCACAUAUUUAAUGUGAUAAGCGUAGACAAAGACAUUAAUGCAUAGAAAUUACUACAUUUAGAUAGCAUUAAAUAAUUAAUAAUUUUUAGAUAAAAUCGUAAAAAUAUAGUUCUUUAUUUUUUACAUGAUGACUACUUUAAAUAAAAUUUAUGUUAGAAAUUUUAUACAUAUACAUAACAAAAUUUAAAUACUUUUUUAUAUUAAAUUUAUUUAAUUUGAGUAUUUUUAUUUAGGGGACUUAUGUGAAUACAGAUUGGCAACAUUCCAAGUAGGUACUAGUUAAUUAAAAAGAGUAGUUAUUUCUAAACAACAAAAAAAUUUAAUUAAUACAAUUUAAACAAAACUCGUGAUAUAAAUUUACAGCACGAUUACAGAUAAAUAUUUAUAAAAAUGUAUAUAAUAUAUUGCCAAAAUUAUAAUUUAUUUUACAUAUAUUUUAAUUUUAUAUAUUAACUAAUAAAAAUAUUAAACACAUUUUGAUUUUAAUAUUAUUGACGUUAAAAAUUUUUGUAAAAAUUAUGCUUCCUUUAUAUUUAGACAUAUCUCAAAUUUAAUCUCAUUGGAACUCUGCGGAUUUUGAAUGUUAUCAGUAAUAUUGUUUACUAUAUUGCAAUCUAAAGUUUAGUUUCGAUCUCCGAAAUAACGCUGUAACAUAAUGAAAGUCUGACAAUUAUUCUUUUUUAAUGUUAUUUCAGAAUAUCCAAUAAUAUCUAAGAGUGUGAACUUAUAAAAGCAAACGAAUUGUGUGAAAGAGAUAGCGAGAAAGUAUAAGCGUCAGUGAAUACAGUAUGCUGUCUGAAAGAUGAUUCGAAUGAGUAUGUCGAGGUAUAACGAAAUGCGCAUGACAACGAAUAUAAGUGUGUUUAUUGCGCAAGCACGUUUUACCAAAUAACAAUGGAAUACUGCAUGCCUAGAAGUACUCUUGCUCUAUACUUUAGGUAUAUUAAAUUAGAAUUAUUAGCAUAAAAACAAAAUGUCUAUGUUUAUAUAAUGUAACAAAUUCUCGAAAUAUAUGAACGCUA